AUGGCAGAAGUGUCCAACAUCCAAGAAGUGGGAACCGGGAUGAAAAUGAUCACGUUCAAACUCAAGACCAAAAAGAUGAAGAGGCGUUUUGAAAUGGUUCAAUACGUGAGGAUUGAGGAGGUUGCCUGCUUUGAGUAUGCCACCGGUGUUGUCGAGAAGAGAACCUUUCAUGUUGUGUCAGCCAACAGUGCUCUCCGCUCCAUCAACGUGGUGGUGAAACAAGACAGGAACCCUGAUAGCAUGGCUACCUUUCUCUACUGCCAUGCCAAGGAAGGAUUCCGUGUUGUCGUUGCAUGA